AUGCUAGCGGAGGGAGCAAUGGACAUUAGCAGUCGGCUAGCUGCUGAAGAUAAUACCAAUGCCAUCGGAGGGAGUAGUGGACAGGAGAAGAACAAAAGACAGAUGUUUCAGAAGAAGGAUAUCACCAAGGCUAUUGAGCGGAUUGAAAUUUUUUAUUUCCUGAUUGACAUUGUUCUUAAGGAUGAGAUCAGGGAAAAGGGUGUUGGUUUUAGACCCGGCAUGCUUGGCUCUAUGUCAAGUGAUGUUAUAACUUCUAUCACUGAUAUGAUAGAUGCUCCAACUGAAGCGAUGAUUAUAAGGACUGCGACAAGUGGUGUUCAGAACUUCUAUCCACCCAUGGGGCAGACUGUUGUAUCUGAGCCUCAGGCGUGGCAGGCAGCUGAGGAAAAUAUCAAUGCUAGCAGAGAGAACAGUGGAUAG